AUUUUUACAAAUAUAACAUAUUUGCCGACGUCGACGUGUUACCGAGUUUGUAGUAUAAAACUGUAAUAAGUUCUGAUAGUUGCAUCACCUUCGUUUCUGCUUUUAAUUGCAUCAAGAGGAAAUUGCAUUUUUCUUAUUUUUAAACUUAAAUUAUUAAAAUAAAACAUGUCAGGUGAAAAUAACCAACCGAUAUAUACUUCGGAAUCCCAAGGCAAUGAUGAAACUGGAGAUGGCUCUGAAGGAAAACCUUUUAAAACCAUACUUCAAGCAAUGCGAAAAGCUGGAUCUGAACCAUUUCCUGUUAUUUAUGUAGAUGGUAAAGAGGAAGGAGUUAAAUAUGAUGUGGCUGCUAAGUCACAAAUUAAAAAAAUUCAAAAGAUUUGGAUUAGAGAAAAUUAUAAAUCGGUUGAAAAAUUAAAAAAGGAGGAAGAAGAUGCGGAAAAACGAGCAAAAAACCUAGAGGAGGCAAAGAAAUAUAUUAUUACUGAAGACAAAUCUUUACCAGAAGCGCAGAGAAUUAGGAUUUACCAAGGUGAAAAAUACAGAGACCAGCGAGUUAAGAUAUAUGGGUGGGCUCAUAGAAUUCGACGACAAGGGAAAAACCUUAUGUUUAUAACUCUUAGAGAUGGCACAGGUUUCUUGCAAGCUGUGUUGAAUGAUGUUCUUUGCCAUACCUAUGAUGCCCUUGUUCUGCAAACUGAGUCAUCAGUUAUUCUCUAUGGUAUAAUUAAAAAAGUACCAGAAGGUAAAACGGCUCCUGGUGGUCAUGAGCUAAUAGUUGACUACUGGGAAUUAAUAGGACUCGCCCCUCCUGGUGGGGCUGAUUCUAUAUUGAAUGAACAGGCCUUACCUGAUGUGCAAGCUGAAAACCGCCACAUUAUGAUUCGUGGAGAAAACACAUCGAAAGUUAUGAGACUUCGAUCAGUUCUACUGCAAGCUUUUAGGGAUCAUUAUUUAGAUCGAGGAUAUUGUGAAGUAACUCCUCCAUCCAUUGUUCAAACUCAAGUGGAAGGUGGUUCUACUUUAUUCAAGUUAGAUUAUUUUGGAGAAGAGGCAUAUUUAACACAAAGUUCACAACUGUAUCUUGAAACCUGCCUUCCAUCUAUGGGUGACGUCUUUUGCAUAGCAGAAAGCUUUAGAGCGGAGCAAAGUAGAACGAGGCGUCAUUUAGCUGAGUAUACACAUAUAGAAGGAGAAUUGGCUUUCAUUACAUUUGAGGACCUCCUAAAUGCUUUAGAAGAUUUAAUCUGUGAUGUAGUAGAUCGAGUGUUAAAAUCGCCUUAUGCCCAUAUCGUCUAUGAAUUGAACCCUAACUUCCAAGUACCUACGAGACCAUUCCUUCGCAUGAACUAUUCUGAUGCUAUAGAAUAUCUGAAGAAAAAUAACAUUACAAAAGAGGAUGGCACAUUUUAUGAAUUCGGAGAGGACAUUCCAGAGAUGCCCGAAAGGAAAAUGACUGAUAAAAUCAAUAGGCCCAUCAUGCUGUGUCGCUUUCCAGUCAGCAUAAAAUCUUUCUAUAUGAGUAAAUGUCCAGAAGACUCCAAGUUAACAGAGAGCGUAGAUGUUUUGUUGCCAAAUGUUGGAGAAAUUGUCGGCGGUUCUAUGAGGAUAUGGAAAUUAGAUGAAUUGUUGGAAGGAUACAAACGUGAAGGCAUUGACCCUGCUCCGUACUUUUGGUACAACGACCAAAGAAAAUAUGGGACCUGUCCCCAUGGGGGAUACGGACUUGGUUUGGAAAGACUUCUGUGUUGGUUGUUGAACAGGUAUCACAUUAGAGAGGCCUGUCUAUAUCCACGUUAUCUGCAUCACUGUAAACCUUAAAUGUAUUGAAGAAUAUAACACAAGCAUUUAACCUUAUAUUGAGUACCUUAAUUUAUAUUUCAUUCUUUUGUAUUUUCAAGAAUUAUGCUUAAAAGUGAAUCUGCUUUUAUAUUUGAUUUUGAAUUCUUUAUUAAAAAUAUUGCAAUAAAGACAAUGGAAUGAUUAAUAAA